CGAAGAGCACGAAGUGGCCUACAGUUGCAUCCGGCCCCCCAGAAUGUGGCCUGGGAAUGGAGUUCUGGGAAGGCGAAGAGCACGAAGUGUGUGACUGUUGGUGAAAAACGAGCCCGGCUCACUGCCGCCCGGCAACUCCCAACACCUGCCCGGACCCCCCUGUGGAGUGAUCUGUUGCUCUCUUUUGAUCCCACUAGAAACCUAUCAGUCUUCGCUGUUAGGUAACAAGGCGCAUCAAUGUCCAGAGGACCGCGACACGGCCGCCUUGGCUUCCGAGGUUUCCUUGCGCGUGGGGGCCCACAUCCAUGAGAAUUUUCACGCGGAGAGUAAGUGGUUUGGAUGGCGCAAGUUUCUUUUCAUCAUCAGGCAUCCAGUGCAGAGAAUUCAGUCGGCGCACUCGUACCACCUCGGGAAAGCGGGUCACUGUUAUCGCGACAUCAACGGUAUGUUGCCGCUCGAUGCGGAAGGCGAGUGCGCUGCUUCUGGGGCGAUGUGUCUCGCAGGCCUUUCCAAAGGCUGUGGAUCCCAUCUCGUCCACAAUUACGAAUACUAUGUUAGAAUCCUGCUCAAGGUGCUCGCCAAAGACCCGAGCCGGCAGCUCUUUGUCAUCCGCAGUGAGCACCGCUGGGAUGACUUCAGACGCUUGGAUCUCCUCUGGGGUGGCAAAGGCGCUGUCCCGUACGAUAUCCACAUCCGGGAAACCUCAGCAGGUGACAGGAGCCGCAGCGCCGUGAGCCCCGACCGGCUGCCGCUCCUGUGCCGCAUCCUGUGCAGGGAGAUCUACAUGUACAAGUGGACUCUCCUGCUCGCCUCCAACCUCGACGACUCUGCCGUGCGGGCGUCGUUCGAGGAGCUCGCCGCUCAGUGCCCGGAAGCCGCCGCGGCACCCCCCACCCUUCACCAUCGCAGCGUGCGCCAGCCCCCUCUCCCGAGCCGCCGGACCGUGCUCAACGGCUCGAGGGCCCAGGUGCUUGAGGGCUGCCUCUUGCCCGAGGUUUGAGACGUCCCCUCCCCGCCACGUUGUGUGCAGCUGUGCACGCGUCCCCUCCCCGGGCCCCUCGAGGAGCCCCUCGGGAUGAGUGGCCGGCGCCUGGAUCAGAGCGUGAAUUACCUACCCCGCUUUCGCUUCCAGGCAAAACCAAGCCAUACCACGCGCCUCCUCGUCAAGCGGCCUGACCAGCACAGGCUGCAAUUCGGCAUCGUUUGGUAUCUCUUGGAAGCGAGCGAGGGUGGUCAAAAGCGAGGCAGGUUAACUUUUUCCCUACUGGAGGCAGUUUUUCUCGGGCAGCGACGGAGCGUCCUGGCGUGCCUGUGGGCCUGCGAAGCGAUGUUCUACGAACCUUUUGCGG